CAGAACAACUCGAGAAAUAACAGCCACUCAAUCGUGAAUCCACUAAUUAAAAGUUUAACUAGUGAAGUUAUCAAGUUGACAAGUUUGUAACUUCUUGUGAAAAAUAUUAAAAAAGUGAAAAAUUUGCGUAUUUACGUAGUGAAAAAUUAUCACUUAUCAUUAUGGAAAAUUUGUACCACAAACAAUCCAGCCAUGAAUUGCCGCCCACGUUUCAGUCUGAAGAGAGUGCAUCUUCCCCAGAAAAGAACUUUCGGAAAAGACCUGGUACUACUGAUAAGGGGAAGAAGUACGAAAAUAUGAUAACUGCCAACAUCAUACUACAUUUGGUAAGCACCGAUAAAGUAAAAAACUUCUACGUUUCGUCGGACGAUGCCAAUUUUGGGGCAUUCGAUGAUGUAGUUAUUGAAAUGGAAACAGAUGAAGGAAUCAAAACAAACGCGGUGCAAUUAAAGCAUAGUAACAAUUCAGGAAGUUUAGGGAUACACCGACUAGCAAGCGAAAAGGGAGAUUUUAGUCUACUGAAAUAUUAUAAAUCGUUCCAAAAGUUGAACAAGAAACCACAUCAAUUCGUUUUGUUCACGAACCUUAAAUUUAAAGUUUCUAAAGACACAAAAUUUCGACUUGACGGAAAAGAAUUUUUCUUAGAACCUUACAAAGUAGAAAUUACUGAUGAUUGUUUGAAAAUUUCUCAACAUAUAAGUCACUGCUAUAAGUUCCGAAUUCUAGAAGACCAAGAUGCUGGAGUGGUUGAUUCAGAACUUCAACAGUUCAAGACAUUUUUUGAAAGCUUUAGUCUUUAUACUAACCAAGAAAGUCUGGAAACACUUGAAAAAUCGACAAUGAAUAACUUCGUGAAGACGUUUUGUUCUGAUCAAGAAACCUUCGAAAAGUACGUUAGAAUUAUAUCUGAGUGGGAUAUGCAAGAAGGAUCAAAAAUAAAGUUGGACAAGAAGUUGAUGCAACGUGCAAUUGCGCUUUGUCUGUUGUCUCCGUACGUCGAACAUUUUACUUCUGGUCCAGUCAGCGACAAAAGGAAAAUUCUUCGAGAAGCGAUUUGUUCAUUUGAUAUUACGCUGUUGGAAAACACCGAGUGCGAUGUGGUGAAAGAGUUGUGGGACGACUUGGACAAGAAUAUUGACAUCAAGGAACUAAAUAGACUGAGAUCUUUUUAUCGUCUUUCUCCUAAUGACAUAUCCAAGAUAGAAGAUGUAGAUGGAAAUGUGUUGGCGCAAUUGUUGUGGUUGAUGGAAAAACGUCCGCUAAUUGUAAAAGAACACGAAAAUAUCGGAAAAGCCAUUCAACUUUGUCCAGAUGGUAAAUUCAUCUUGAUUGGUGAAGGAAAACGGGGAGAAUGGAUGAAAGGUCGCUCCGUGUUUCAGAACUUGCUGGACUUGAAAUCAGAAGAUAAUUUGUAUGAAACAGUGAUGCAGAAUUUUACUAUAUCCUUGCAAGGGAAAGGUUUGCUUAAUCUGAUGGAUAUAUGCGGAAGAAAUGAAGAAUUUUUAAAGAAUAUUAUUGUAAAUGAUCUUUUAGGAAUGAUAGACAGUCUACGAUUAAUAGAUGGGAAAAAAGAAGUUCUUCCCAAUCCUUACAUCGAAAGGUAUUUGUCACCAAAUGUAAUAAAUAUUAAGUAUUUAGAACAUGUUAAUCGUAAUACCGUCGUUAUUCUAAAUUGCGCAGAUAGUUCUAAUGAAACAGAAAAACUUCCAAAUAUUAAACUGAGUAACAUCGACGAUUAUUUAAAUGAAUCAGAAAGUAAAACUUCUGAUGAUCCAGUUUUCAUUAUAAGUAAAAAUAACUGUAGCGAAUCUGAAUUUGAGAAAAUAUGCUCUAAAACUCCAAAAUUAAAAACGGUUCAUUAUUUGAAAUUUCUUAGUGAUUGCAGUUUAGAAUGGGUCCGGAGCAGAGGCAAUGUCGGAGAUUUGCAAAAUUAUAAAUUACUUAAUCAUUUUAAAAACGAAAACGAAUUCUGGUCGUCCGAAUUUAGGAAGAACAUUAAUUUAGUAGUAGGUGAUCCGGGGAUGGGUAAAACUGAACUAACAAAAAACUUAAAAAAUAAGUGUUCUUCUAAAUUCUGGACAGUACUUAUUAGCCCUCAAGAAGUUAAUUUAUUCUUUAAACAAUCAGAAGAGUGUAAAGUAUCAGAUCAUGUAAAUUUAUUUGAAAAAUUCGUCUUAGACACCAAAUAUCAAUCUCUUAGAAGGUUAGAUAAAAAAAUUUUUAAAAUGUGUUCGGAUCAAGCGCGUGUUUUCUACGUGUGGGAUGCCCUUGAUGAAAUUUCUACUAAAUAUUUGGAGGGCGUAUCAGAUUUGAUUGUUUUGCUAUCAGAGAAAGGAUUCAUCCAAUGGGUUACCAGUAGAAAACACUUGAAAUCUUUCCUUGAAAAAAAAUUUAAUACAUUUUCGUUGAACAUAAGACAGUUUAAGCAGCAUGAACAAGAAGAUUAUAUUAGAAAACGUCUUGAUUCUAUUGUUUCAACUGACAAGAUAGAAGGUGCUGUUCAAAAAAUUAAGUCUAGCUUUGCUUUCAUAAAACAUGUGGAUAUUUUAGGAAUUCCACUUCAAAUUUUUAUGCUCACAGAAAUAGUUCUUCAAAACGACAAAUAUUUAAAAUUAUUUGGUGAUUCUUGGCGUCUAACUGAUUUAUAUCAUUAUUUUAUUGAAGUCAAGUUUAAUAUUUUCUUUCAAGAUAAAUUGUCUCUUAAUGCUCAGGAUCCUAAGUUUACGCCUAUGCUCAACAGUCACAAAGAAAAAAUCUUAACACAUUAUGAAAAACUCUCAGUUGACCUAAUAUUUUCCGACUGCGAAGAUAUUAAAUGUCAAGAUGAUAUAGACAGCAUUUCUCACGAAUACGAAACCAUCGGGAUUAUAACUGGUUUCCAAAAUAACACACCGCUUUUUCUGCAUGCAUCUUUUGCGGAAUAUUUGACGGCCACGUAUUUUUCAAAGAAUUUUCAAGUUAUACCCCGAGAUAAAUUUUUUGAUCGGAAAUAUGACAACGUACGAUUUUUCUUUGAUAUGUUGUUGGCAAAAAACUCACCAGUUCACACUGCAGUCUUGUACAGAAAUUUUGACGCUCUAAAGGGUUAUGACGACAAAAUAUUAACAAGUAAAGAUGACGGUGGAAGAAGUGUACUACACUUGAUUUGUUCGUGGGGACAAAGGCAUCCGCGGCUACGAGUUACGAGUUCUAAAAUAGAUAGAAAUUUGUUUUCACAUUUUACUUCUGUCUUGGUAAACAAAAUUUCCUUUUUAAGUAAAAUACCUACCGUGAGAUAUACCGUCGAUGAUCCCGAAUUUCCUGCAACAUCACUAGAAACAGAGGAAUAUUUAGAUGCGGUGCUACACUUGAUUAGUAAAUGCAGCAUUGCAGAACCCGAUGGGCUAUUUAAACUGACCCCUUUUUCAUAUGCUCAAGUCAGUGAAAGUUUAGGUGCGGAACUCGAAUUGUUACAGUCAGAAAUGUUACAAACAGAGCAGCUGUAUAGUGAUUGUGAUAGAAUUAAUAUUUUAUAUUAUUCUAGUAUGUUUGGUUAUGAGAAGGCUAUUAAAACCGUUGUUACUAAAAAAUUAACUACUUAUUACGACGAAGUAAAUUUUAGUUGUAAACGGUUGGAUGACACUGCUCUUACGAUAGCGUCCGGAAAGGGGCACACAGCAGUCGUUGAAUAUUUGUUGCAGUUAGGGACCGAAAUUAAUCGGGCUAAUAAAAAUGGUGUGACACCGCUUCAUGAAGCUUCUUCGAACGGCCACGUAAAAAUUGUCGAAUGCCUAGUAAAAUGCGGAGCCGAAGUUAAUCACGCUACUAAUAGUGGUUGGGUUUUUGGGUCGGUCAAUUUUCGUUUCACAUCGAAUUCCAUACCUUCCUCAAUACGUAGUAGCCCGCAAAAUCUCGAAUUACACGAGACAUACAGAAGCAAACUCAAUCGGGCUUAUAACAGUUUUAGCUGGACACCGCUUUACACAGCUUCCGUGAACGGUCACGAAAAAAUUGUGGAAUUCCUAGUGAAAUACGGAGCCGAAAUCAAUCGCGGUGAUAAAUUUGGUCAAGGGACACCGCUUUACGCAGCUUCCAUGGAAGGUCACGAAAAAAUUGUGGAAUUCCUAGUGAAAUGUGGAGCCAACGUCAAUGGCCUUAAUGAUUAUGGUGAGACACCGCUUUACGCAGCUUGCUUGGAAGGCCACGAAAAAAUUGUAGAACGCCUAGUGAAAGGUGGAGCCGCAAUCAAUCACUGUAAUAGUGAUGGUGAGACACCGCUUUACAUAGCUUCGUUGAGCGGCCACGAAAAAGUUGUCGAAUGCCUAGUGAUAGGUGGAGCCGAAAUCAAUCGCACUAAUCGCCUUGGUCAGACACCGCUUUAUAUUGCCUCUCGACUGCGCCACGAAAAAAUAGUAACUUAUUUAAAAGCAAAUGGUGGAAAAUUAACAUGAUCAUUAUCCAGAAAAUCGUGACCAUGUAGGCCAUUUUUUCAAUUAAAACUAAAAUGUAGUAAGAUUGUAACGUAUCUAUUAUUGACCCGUUAACUUUAAAAUGUUUUCAAUAUUUGGUAAUUGUUUCAAUUUUUUUUAAACAUCCAAGUUAAGUAGUUAAGUUUUUUGUAGGUCUGCAAGUGGUCCAAAAUAGGACAAUGGGUUCCUAAAUUGAGUCACUAUAUUGUUACUUGGUGAAAUAAACAUAAUUUUAUUCAAAACUAGCUUUACCAUAGUUGUUUUUUCACAAUUGUAGCAGUUACAACCUAACUCUUUUAAACUCGGAUGUUCUAUCUCUGGAAACAGACAAUAUUUAAAAAAUUGAACCAUGUUUUACCAGUUUCAAAUCCAGGCCAUUAUAGACGAGUAAUAGACCGGUAAAAGACAAACAAAAUUAUCGGCAGCAAUGUUAACAUGUCAAUUCAGAGUUUGACUUGGUGUCCUAAAUUUCAUUUUGACAAUUAGAGUCAUUAAUAAUCAUCCAGGUUAUUAACCUUGAAUAGUUACCCGGUACAUCAGUGACAAUAAUUAACGCACAGACGUCAUUGAUAGAAAUUAUUAGCGAAUGAUGGUAAAUAAUAACUUCUUUUAAUCAUUAUCGAUCAAAAUUACAAACUUUCUGUUUUAACUUUUAAGCAAGCUUGACUAGACACAAAUAUCAAUUGCACACUUAUUAAUUACUACUGUAAAUUACCUGUACAGAGUGUCCCAGUUAAUUCUCCGCGACCUUAUAUCUUGAGAAGGAAGAAAUAAUGAAAUUCUGUAAUUGCUUUUUGCUCGAAGGGAAAGCAUAAUUUAGUUACAAUAUGACGCUCCACCACCAUAUUUUACGCACUUCUAAGACGCUCUUGAAACAAAUCGUGUUGGUUGUAACUUACAGCACAGAGCCUGACUACUUCAUUUCACUAAAUUUUCAUUUUUUUAUGUUUAUAAAUUUUAUUUUUUGAUCAACAGAUAAUAAUAUAAUUAUGUGUUUUAUAUCAUUGUAAUUCAGUUUAAAGCUCCAUCAAAGUCCCUGUACAUUUAUGUUGAUAGAAAUUUGAACUGAUGGUAAUUCUGUAAACACCAUUGCUUUUUUCUUGAAGAGGAAAGCUUAUAUUUUUAAGGGUACUUAAUUGCAAAUCUUACCAAAUGGACCAAAGUAAAUAUCGUCACUACAUUCAUACAGCAGGUAAUUUUGAAAUUACUGUUCUCUGAUAUUUGAAAAUCCUUUGAUCAUCCGCUAUUUAUUUAUAUUUAUAUGUAUAAUUUUAUGUAAAUAAAGCAUUUUAUUUAUUCUGUAUAGGAAAUUCUUAAAAAUAAUUUUAGUGAUAGAUAUGUGUGUACACCAAGAGAGCAAAAACAAGUACGACCAAAGACUAACCUUCAAAAAUCCACGACUGUCUUUGAUCGUGUUUUUUAUUGCUCUCGGUAGUUUUAUGUUCUUUAUUUUUAAUUAAGUAAGGAAGUUUAUAAUAUCUUAUGUUGUUAGUUAGGCUUGACAAAUAUUCUAAGAAUGGCUAUAUCUAUAUGUUAUAAGAUAAUGUACAAGAUGUACCCUAACACCUAAUGUAAAAAACCAACAAAACAAAAUCAAUAAACCAUAAUAAUAGUUAUAAUAAAA